AUGAUGUAUAAAUCUAAAUCAUCACAGCAAUCAGCAAUAUCAACAAUACUACAAAAGUUAUCAAAUGUGAAUAAAAAUAAAAUAAUAUUAAUAAUCUUAAGUAUUUGGUUUUUAAUAUUUUGGUUAAAUGAAUCAUUUUUACCCUUUUUAACAAUACUGAAAUGUAAAUGGCCCAAGCUACCGAAUAAUGAAAAUCAAACCAAUAUUUUAUUAAUUGCUGAUCCUCAAUUAAUUGAUAAUCAUACAUAUCCUGGUAGAAAUUCUUACUUGUUGAAACUUUCACAACAUACAGUUGAUCAAUAUUUAAAAAGAAAUUAUCAAAAUUUAUUAAAUUUAAAACCUAAAUAUACAAUUUUUUUAGGAGAUUUAUUAGAUAAUGGAAGAGGAUCAAAAGAUGAAUAUUUUAACCAGCAAGUUGAAAGAUUUUAUAAAAUUUUCCCUAAAUCACAAUCAAUUUAUACGAAUUUACCAGGAAAUCAUGAUAUUGGAUUUGGAGAUUUAAUAAAACCUGAAAUUAAAACAAGAUUUGAAAAUUCAUUUGGAAAAUCAAAUAUUGCAAUUACAAUUAAUGAAAUUGAAUUUAUUAUGUUAGAUUCAAUAAGUUUAUCAUCAUCAAAAGAUUUAAUAAAUCAUGAAAGUAAAAAAUUUUUAAACAACCUUAAACAAAAACCAAAGUUAGAUCCAAGAAUUUUAUUAACUCAUGUUCCAUUAUAUAGAGAUCCAACUGCUUCUUGUGGUCCAAAUAGAGAAAAAUUAAAAUUUGAUUCAUUAGGUUAUGGAUAUCAAUAUCAAAAUUCUUUAACUAAAGAAAUUUCAUCAAAUAUAUUAAAAAUUAUAAAACCUGAUUUAAUAUUUUCUGGUGAUGAUCAUGAUUAUUGUGAUUAUUUACAUAAAUUAGAUGAUGAAUCCCAACAACAAAUAAGAGAAAUAACUAUAAAGUCAAUUUCAAUGGCAAUGGGAAUUUGGUAUCCAGCAGUUCAAUUAUUAAGUUUUGAAAAAAUUUCAGAUCCCACUUCAAAAUCAAAUGUAAAACUAAAUUAUAAAACUGAAAUUUGUUAUUUACAAACUCCUUAUUAUAAUAUUAUCACAUAUAUAAUUUUAUCUAUAUUCACAUUCAUAUUCAUAAUUUAUCAAAAUUUAAAAUUAAAAUUAAAUUUUCAAAAAAAUAAUGAACCUAUUUUACCUUUUAAUAAUUAUAAAGUUAAUACAAUUUUAAAAAAGGGAAUAAUUUGGGAUUGUUUUAAAGAUUGUUUUAUUAUUGGUGGAUUAGUUAUUUUAAUAUAUCGAGUAUUUAUUGUUAAAUAG